AUGGCGUCCUCAGCAGAUGUGUAUGUCUUUGGCGAUCAGAGCACUCCCGUUCUUGAUAAACUGCAAGCUCUUGUACGCGUGAAAGAUAACGCGCUUUUGACUUCUUUUCUUGGCGAGGCGUUUUUGGCCGUGCGACGCGAGAUUGUUUCGCUCUCGUCUUUGGAGAGGAAAUCGAUUCCCGAAGCUGAGAGUUUGAGUUUGCUUUUGGAGGGCGUUCGGAGGAGCGAACCUCAUGCGGCGCUGGAUAGUGCUUUUGUUUGCAUUAAUGAGAUCGGAUACUAUAUUGACUAUUUGGCCCGUUCGGAUAAACAACAUCCAUCGGCAUCUCCAUCUCUUCUCCUCGGUAUUUGUACCGGCAGCAUUGCAGCAGCAGCUGUCAGCUGCGCCAAAGAUGUUUUCGAUAUCUUAAGACUGGGCGUCGAGGCUGCUACUGUCGCUUUCCGACUUGGCAUGCACGUUCGCAGAAGAGCCGAGAACCUUGGGUACUCGACACCUUCAAGUUGGUCUAUGAUUCUGUCAUCGAAUCAGGAAGAGCUUGUGUCAAAAGCUUUACAAGAAUUCUCCAAGGACAAGAAUCUUACAUCUAGCACACGCCCCUACAUCAGCGCCGUCGGUCCUGGUUUCACAACAAUCAGCGGUCCCCCAUCUAUUCUUGAGUCACUGAAGGCUAGCGAUGCUUUCUCUGGGAAGAGGUUGUAUCCGGCUCCCAUCUAUGGUCCCUACCAUAACUCUUCAGCAUACUCCGACGCCAGCCUCGAAGAUGCCCUCGAGUCAAUCCUCGAAGACGUUGAAUUCCUUGAGAACAAGAUGCUCAUCCCCAUUAUCUCAUGCGCCUCAGGAGCUUGUUUAGAUCAGUUGUCUUUGGGAGCCCUCCUCACUGAAGUUUUGAGCAGCGCUCUUUCUCAGCAAAUCCGCAUGGACCUCGUAACUGACGCUCUACUUGAAACCAUUUCUGGUACCGAGGCUACCUUGAUACCGAUCAAUGCGCAAACCACUGUUUGUAGUCUUUCUGACUGGCUGGCCAAGCGAGGAACCACAACACGUAUUGGACCAACCCUGGAGAGCCUGACCAAAGAUCGUACACAGCCUCACGUUGCUCCCGGCGACGAGAACAAGAUUGCGAUCAUCGGCUUCAGCGGACGAUUCCCCGAAGCUGACAACCUCGAUGAAUUCUGGGAUCUUCUAAUCCGCGGACUCGACGUCCACAAACCAGUCCCAGAAGAGCGCUUCGCUCGCGAUCACUACGACCCCACUGGCCAGCGCAAGAACACCAGCCAAGUCCAGUAUGGCUGUUGGUUAAAGUCAGCAGGCUACUUCGACACUCAGUUCUUCCACAUGUCGCCCAAGGAAGCCAUGCAGACCGAUCCAGCACAGCGACUUGCCCUCCUCACAGCCUACGAAGCUCUCGAGAUGGCUGGAGUAGUACCUGACCGAACUCCCUCAACCCAGCGAAACCGUGUCGGCGUUUAUUACGGUACUACGAGUAACGAUUGGGGUGAGGUCAACUCCUCGCAGGAUGUUGAUACUUAUUACAUUCCUGGAGCGAACCGUGCAUUUAUCCCUGGCAGGGUCAACUACUUUUUCAAGUUCACGGGCCCAAGUAUCGCUGUUGACACUGCUUGCUCUUCCAGUCUCGCUGCUAUAAAUCUUGCGAUUACGUCGUUGAAGAAUCGGGACUGUGAUACUGCGAUUGCUGGUGGGACGAACGUCAUGACGAACCCGGAUAACUUUGCAGGCCUCGAUCGAGGGCACUUCCUUUCUCGUACAGGCAACUGCAAGGCCUUCGAUGACGGAGCAGACGGUUACUGCCGAGCUGAUGGAAUCGGCACCCUCAUCCUUAAGCGCCUUCCAGAUGCCAUCGCAGACAGUGAUCCUAUCUUUGGAGUCAUCCUGGGAGCUCACACCAACCACUCAGCAGAGUCCGUUUCCAUCACCCGACCUCUCGCAGACGCUCAAGAGUAUCUCUUCAAGAAGCUCCUCAACGAGACUGGCCUUCACCCUCACGAUGUCAGCUACGUCGAGAUGCACGGCACAGGAACUCAAGCCGGCGAUGCAGUCGAGAUGCGCUCAGUUCUCAACUCAUUCGCCUUCGAUCACAGCCGCCCACGAGACAAGAGCUUAUAUCUAGGCUCAGUCAAAGCCAACGUCGGACACGCUGAAUCAGCGUCUGGAGUCCUUGCCAUCAUAAAGGUGCUGCUCAUGAUGCAGAAGAACACGAUUCCUCCACACUGCGGCAUCAAGACCAAGAUCAACCAGGGUUUCCCCAAGGACCUGGAUCAUCGUGGUGUGCGCAUUGCACUGAAGGAUAGUGUAGAUUGGACUCGGCCUGACGGUGGGAAGCGCAGAGUGUUGGUAAAUAACUUCUCUGCUGCUGGAGGCAACACUUCUCUGCUGCUUGAGGAUGGCCCCGCUGUUCAUCCAGCUCGACAACAUCAAGAUGGCGACGCUCGAACAGAGCAUGUGGUAGCUGUUUCAGCACGGUCUACAAAGGCUUUGGAGGAGAAUCUGAAGGCUCUUGAGGCUUUCAUUGCCAACUCUUGGGCUCCGGAGGGUGAGCUUCUUUCUCAGCUCUCGUACACGACUACUGCUCGACGUGUGCAUCACAGUCGGCGUGUUGCGUUCGUCACAAAUGGUCUUGACGAUUUGAGAAAGUCUCUCCUCAAGGCUGCCGCCGCCGCUGGACAGGUCAAGGGCAUUCCCGCAGUGUCACCCAAGGUCGGGUUCCUGUUCACUGGACAGGGAGCGCAGGAGACUGCCAUGGCCAAUGGGUACUACAAGAGCUUUUCGUCCUUCCGAUCUGACAUUCACCAACUUGACUCUAUCGCAACUCUUCAGGGUCUUCCAUCUGUGCUUCCACUCAUUCACGGCACGACCCCCGUUGAGGAUCUCUCUGCUGUUGUUGUGCAGCUCGGAACCUGUAUCAUCCAGAUUGCACUCGCGCGUUUCUGGAACAGCCUUGGUAUCACUCCCCAGUACGUCAUUGGCCACAGUCUGGGUGAGUAUGCUGCUCUCCAGAUCGCAGGUGUUCUCAGCGUCAACGAUGCCAUCUUCCUCUGUGGACACAGAGCAGCACUUCUGGAUAAGAAGUGCACUGCCUAUACCCACGGAAUGGUCGCUAUCAAAGCUGCGGCUGAUGACCUGAGGCAGCACAUCUCAUCUGACUUGAAGGUUGAGAUUGCUUGUGUCAACGGUACCGAAGAUACUGUCCUCAGCGGUCCCAAUACGGACAUCGAGUCUCUUUGCGCAAAGUUGACACAGGCUGGCUACAAGCUUCAUAAGCUGGAGAUUCCGUUUGCCUUCCACUCAUCUCAGGUCGAUCCCAUUCUCGAUGAUCUCGAAGAACUGGCUUCUCAGGUCGAGUUUCACGAGCCUAAGCUUCCUAUCGUCUCGCCUCUUCUGUGCAAGCUACUCACUGGUGACACUCUUGGUCCCCAAUACAUCAAACGUCACUGCCGUGAGACGGUCAACUUCCUCGGUGCUAUCGAGAUGGCUGAGGCACAAGGCACCAUGGACCGAAGCGGCAUGUGCAUAGAAAUUGGAGCCCACCCCAUCCUCACGCGAAUGGUCAAGUCGAUCAUCGGCCAAGACUUCCGAUGUCUUGCUUCUCUGCGUCGCAAGGAGGACCACUUCAAGACCCUUGCGGAUUCCCUUUGCGCUCUGCACCUUGCUGGCUUUUCUGUCAACUGGGAUGAGUAUCAUCGUGACUUUGCUUCUUCUCGCAAUGUCCUUCAGCUUCCCAAGUAUCGCUGGCAGCUUGCGAACUACUGGAUGCAGUACAAGUACAGCUGGUGCCUUACCAAGGGUGACGUUCCUGUUGAGACCGCUCAAGUCGGUGCAGUUGUGCAGACGAGGGCACUGAGGCUCAGUGAUUCUGUGCAUAAUAUCAUUGAGCAGGUUCAUGGGGACAAGAGAAGCUCUAUCACGGUUGAGUCUGAUAUGCAUGACCCGUCUCUCUUGACCAUUGCGCAAAACCAUCGUGUCAACAAUUUGACUAUGGCACCUUCGACUCUCUUCGCCGACAUCGCAUUCACCCUCGCCAAGCACCUCAUCGAGAACCGUGGCCUCGAUACACAGACUAACCUACCUUCCAUCAACAACAUGGCUGUCGAAAAGGCUCUCAUCGUUGGAGAGACUGGCCCCCAGCUGUUCCGGGCAUCGCUCGAUAUAGAUUGGACUUCCAUGCACGGUUCAGUUCGCAUCUUCAGUGUCAAUGCAAGCGGAAAGCAGACUACUCUCCACGCAGUCUGUGAUGUAGCGGUCGAGAACCCGAGCACCCACCGCGAAAGCUGGCAGAGUCACGCGUACCUCAUACAGCGAGGUAUCACGCAGCUUAUCAAAGGUGCUGGUGAUGGUUCUGCCCAUAUGAUGCGUCGUGGUCUCUUGUACAAGAUCUUCUCCAACUCAGUUCAAUACGGAUCUGCGUUCCAAGGCAUCGAGCAGGUUUGGUUCGACAGUGAAGGCCUCGAAGGAACCGGCAAGGUCUUGAUGCCCUCUGGCAAGGACACCUUUGCGCUCAACCCAUACUGCUGCGACAGUCUGGGUCACAUCACUGGCUUCAUCAUGAACUGCAGUGAUAGCUUGGAUCUUGAUGAUCACGUCUACAUCAACCAUGGCUGGCGGACUCUACGCUUGGUUGAGCCUUAUCAGUGUGAUGUGCAGUAUCAGACGUACGUCAAGAUGCAGGCUGUCGGGUCGGAUGAUUCGACUUACAGUGGCGAUGUCCAUGUUCUCCGUGAUGGUAGGAUCAUCGGCAUCUGUGGUGGUGUUACUUUCAAGAAGGUCGCGCGUAAGGUACUAGAGAUGCUUCUUCCAAAGCCGUCUGGUGCGAAGGCCAAGCAUGGUGCUGUUAAGCACGCUGCUCCCGAGCCCGUUAAGCAUGUCGUUCUCACUCCCCCGUCCACCGCCAACCAUAGUGUUGGCACGAUAUCGCCUCCCGAGCCUACAGAGUCACCCGUAGCGUCUAGUUCUGGUCUUGUUCAGAAGGCUCUCGAGAUCAUUGCCGAUGAGAUCGGCGUCGACAUAUCUCAGCUCACUGACUCUACACUCUUGGCUGACUUGGGUGUCGAUUCACUCAUGUCACUGACAAUUCUGGGCAACUUCCGAGAGGAACUCGACUUGGACAUUCCAGCAGCGCAGUUCUACGAGUUCACAACAGUUCAGGACCUCAAGUCCUUCCUUGGAGCCAACGACCAAGACUUCUCUAGUUCUAACUCUGAGGCAGAAAGUUCUGCGUCUAGCGCUGCUUCAACAUCCCCCAGUGAUCACGGUGAUGAUGUGGUUGAAGAGGUCAAGCCUGUCGUGGCUGAAAUCCCUCGCUCAACCUCUACGAUCUUGCAGGGCACCAAGCACUGUUCCCGAACACUCUUCUUGUUCCCCGACGGUGCUGGCUCAGCAACUUCUUAUGUCACUCUCCCGUCCAUCUCGCCUGACAUGAGAGUCAUUGGACUCAACAGCCCUUACCUCACCAAGCCGCAUGAGUUCAACUGUGCUCUCCAGGACAUCACAGGCUCCUACCUGAACGAAGUGCGUCGUCGCCAGCCUUCAGGCCCUUACCAUCUUGCCGGUUGGUCAGCAGGAGGAGUAUCAGCAUUCGAUGCCGCUCGACAGCUUGUGUCAGAGGGAGAGGUUGUCGAGAGUCUCAUCCUGAUUGACUCCCCCAACCCCGUCGGUCUCGGUAAGCUGCCAAAGCGUAUGUACGACUUCCUCGAAAAGUCGGGUAUCUUUGGUGCUUUCGAGAUGGGCGAGGAAGCCCAGGCGCCGCCAGAUUGGCUCUUCCAGCACUUCUGUGUCUUCAUCGAGGCUUUGGAUAGGUAUGUUCCUGAGCCAUUCGAGCGUGGCAUGGCACCCAAGACGACCAUCAUCUGGGCUGCCGACGGCGUGUGCAAGAACCCUGAUGAUCCCCGUCCCGAGGCACAGGCAGAUGAUCCUCGGGGUAUGAACUGGCUCUUGAAUAACAGGGAGGACUUUGGGCCGAAUGGUUGGGAUGAGUUUAUUGGUGCUGGAAACAUCAGCACAAUGGCGAUUGAGAAUGCCAACCACUUUACUAUGAUGAGGGAGCCAAUUGCGUCUGCUCUCUGUGCGAAGAUCCGGGACGCGAUGGGGGUAAAUUGA